AUGUUCAACGAAAUAUGUGCGGAAGAAGUUCUUGCUCACAAUAGGCCGCAGCAGUGCUUGAAUAGUGUGGGCUAUGCAAACCUUGUAAGGAAGUUCGAGGAACGUACUGGUAGACCUUACACUCAAGAGCAAAUGAAGAACAGAUGGGAUACAUUGAAGAAAAAAUAUGUCCAGUGGAAGACUUUGAAUAGCAGAGCUACUGGAUUGGGGAGGAAUCCCUUGAAUGGAUACAUUGUAGCCUCUGAAGAUUGGUGGAAGCAACAAAAUGAUGUAAAAUCUAAUAAUUGGGCUAUGUCCGGUUGUAUCACUUUCAAAACUGCACCACUUGAGCAUGAGGACUUGCUAAGGAUCAUGUUCGAUGCUAUAAGUGUUACAAAUGAGACCGCAUAUGUUCCUGGUCAAGGUGGUGCUGCUGCUGACAGUGAUGGACAGGGAAAAGGUGAUCGUAUCCCUAAUUCUAAUGCACGUGGUAAGGAUAAAAGGACAGCACCUUGGGAGAAGUACUUCUCCCAAGGGAAAGAAAAAGAAGACCUUUAG